UCUGAUGACUGAUGUUGGCUGGUGAUAAAUUCUAAAAUAUUCCAUUGUUUUCCAUUCCAUAAUAAAUCGACAAUUUGAAACGCAUAAUAUCGAGGUAAUAAUUUGGUACUUGAAUAACCCAAUAACUGACUUCAUCAAGCCACAUAUAUUGUACCUAAGAAUUCGUGGCAGAUUUGAAAUUGUGAAACAAAAUGGUUUGCGUUCCUUGCUUCAUCGUUCCAGUACUCUUGUUUCUGUGGCACAAGUUCAUUCAGCCGUACGUACUACGCUUCUGGAACCCAUGGGCCGUCAAGGACGCCGACGGAAAUGUGGUGAAGACAGAAUUCCCGCUCAACUGCGAAGGAGGGAAGUGCGUUUUCGCGAAAAAAGCAGUUGAAGAAAAAGACAAUGACGCAAAGCAAAGCCCUAGCUAUAUUAAGGCCAGUGACUGUCGCCUAAAAUCAGAAUAAUGUUAUCUAACUGUAAAGAGUAAUCACAUUACUUGUGAGAUUGCAUAUUUCCAUUGAAAUUUAAUUAUCUGUUGAUGAAUCUUACAUUUAUUUUAUGCUAUUUAAAUUAUUAUGAUUCGCUGUAUAUAAGUGUUUCCCUAUGCAAUAGUUCUAUUAAGAACAAUACGAGAUGGUGAGAUUUAGUUUUGUUAUAGGAAUGGAAUUUAAUGUGUAAAAAAAAUUAAGGAGAAAUAAAAGGCUUGGUUGA